AAUCCGGUCCGACCCAAAAAAUCACCAGCUUAACGACCUUCAAACCCACACCCAACGGUAGUCAAAAACACAUUCUACCCAACAUCACUAUGGCCCCUUCAAUAACAGAUAACAAUGUUCCUGUCCCGGAUAUCGGCUCUGCGUCGGAGACUUCAGCAGCAGCUAUUUCUGAAGCUCAAACAAUCUCUGCAGGUUGAGUCCCAUCCAUCAAUCCAGGAGUCACAGUUUGUGCUAACAAACAAGCAGACGAAGUAGCCCUCUACGAUCGCCAAAUCCGACUAUGGGGAAUGGAAGCUCAGGCCAGGUAUGUCUUCCCCCCCUCGCUUCACCCCUGGUAAGAUCUAACAAACUGCGUAGAAUGCGCAAUGCACACAUUUUAGUAAUAAUCAUGAAAGCUCUCUCCAACGAGGUUUCGAAAAACAUAGUUCUUGCUGGAGUUGGCUCUCUAACGGUCUUGGAUCCCGGGAUUGUUACCGAAGAGGAUCUAGGCUCGCAGUUUCUCAUAAGCGAGGAGAGUGUUGGCUUGAAUGUCUGUCAUCUUUCCAAGGUAUCCGGGAAUGAGCUGACAGAGGAGCAGAGAGCGGAAGCGGCAGCACCGGCGUUACGGCGACUGAACCCGCGUGUAGCGGUUAACGUGGAUGCUUCGGACCCCAGGAGUAAAGGCGUUGAGUUCUACAGCAAGUUUGACAUUGUCAUCGCGACGGAAUUGGACCUUGACUGUUUGGUAUCCAUGCUUUUUGAACCCCCACUCUCCAACUGGUUAUUCUAACAUCCAAUCUAAGUUGUACGUGAACGAUAUCACCCGUAAGUGUAGUCGUCCUUUCUACGCUGCAGCAUCAUAUGGAAUGUACGGGUAUAUCUUUGCGGACCUGAUAAAGCACGACUUCAUCAUGCACGUGCCCCCCCUCCAACCCCCUCCAACCCCCCUUACUACAAACUAAUGUGUAUCCUAGCGAGCGCGAAAAGUCCAACAUGAGAACCGAACUCAAACAAGAAACCAAAACCCGCUCCGUAACAGCCGUCCGCGAGAAGAAGGACUCCGGGAAAACAUUGGAAUUCGUCACAAAACAAGAGCUCUACUCCCCCCUCCGUUCCGUCGUCUCCAGCAAGGUAGAUUCGACCUGGCGUCCCCGCCGCCGCCGCAUGGUCCCGAACGUCCUCCCGGGCGUGAAAGCGAUUUGGGCAUUCCAGCAAGCCUACAACCGUCUGCCAGAAGCCAAACGUGGGGACUUCACCGAGAUGACGAGAUUGAUCACGGAGGCUAACCGCGAUCUGGGCUUACCGGACGACAUCGUCAAGUCGAAUUUCAUCGGGCCAUUUGUGGAGAACGCUACGUCGGAAAUGGCACCCGUUGCGGCGGUUCUUGGUGGGAUCUUGGCGCAGGAUGUCAUCAACGUUCUCGGUAAGAGGGAGCAGCCGUUGCAGAAUUUCUUGGUGUUCGAUGGGGAUAUGGCUGCAACACCCAUUUUGGCGUUGCAUCCGGAGGGAGAAGAGGAUAGUGCUGCU